UAAUUUCAGACUCUCAGUCAAUUUAAUUUGUCAGAAACUCAAAAAUCAAAUUCCUUAACGAAAACUUUCGAAUCUCUCUCCCUCUCUUUCUCUCUCCAAUUUUUUCCCCCAAAUUCUGAGUUUCGCCAUUAUUUCACAACCUCACAUUCUCUCUCCAGAUGAAUGCGCGGAAGCUGCUGCUGCACGAGAAAGUUGAGGUGCGACAACUAGAGGAUGGUUUGGGGGGGUCGUGGCACCCUGGCUUAGUUGUUGGCGUCUCAGAUUUGUGCCGCAAGGUCAAGUAUGAUGAAUUGCUGUGUGAUUCAGGAAAGUCCAAGCUCAUAGAGUCAAUACCUGUCACUGGGGCGAUCGAGGGUCUCUACCACCGUCCGUGUGUUAAAGCUAACUAUCGGGGUCGCAUUAGACCCAUACCACCUCUUUCACAACCUUCUGCUGCAGAUGCAAAUUUAACUUUUGGAGUCUGUGUUGAUGUCUUGUUUAAGGAAGCAUGGUGGGAAGGGGUUAUCUUUGAUAGUGAUGAAGGUGCAAAAGAGCGCUGUGUUUAUUUUCCUGAUGAGGGUGAUGAACGUGUAUUUAAGUUGACUGAUUUGCGUGUUACUUCUGAAUGGGAUGAGUUCACUGGUCAGUGGAGAGAAAGGGGUGUUUGGGUGUUAGUGAAUCUUGCCAAGGAGCACAAAAAAGAUGGUAAUCUAUUGCGUCUUGUUAGGCGUGUCUGGUCCCGCUUGAAAGUACAUUAUGGGUUCCAGAAAAUGAUUUCGGAUUGGACCUGUGGUGCAUAUUGUGUGUGGAAAGAAUACUUUAGGGAAGUUAUUGUAGAUAUGACCACUGAACCUGGAGAAAAGGGCCUUGCUUCUCCUACUAAUUCUCAAAUGCAUACAGUGAAGAAAAGAAAGCGCAGAUCUAAGAGAUCUCAAGUGACUUUUCGUAAUGCUUCUGUGCUCACUAGGUCAAUGCAGAAAAGAAAAGAGAAAGAAUUUUGUCUUGCAGUUAGAACACGGCGUAUGUGUUUGAGUGAGACAGAGGAUUCUUUGACUGCUGCUUCCAACAAAAGCAGCCAUUUGACGGAUGGUCAUUGCAUGCAAAGUCAAACAGUGAUAGCUGAUGCUUAUGUAAAUGCUGAGGAUUUAAAGGCUGUUAAUAGCGGUGUGUUCGAAGACAUACCAAGUGAUUUUUGUGGUCUGAUAAGUGCUAGAGAUCUGGGUGAGGGAUGCCGUCACAGGAAGAUGUCUCAAAAAGACAGUGUUCCUUCCAGAAACCCUCGCAUGUCUGAAAAUAGUACGAAGAUGCUUCAAAAUAAUCGUUUUAGAAGGAAGUUGCAGUUGGCUGAAGACAAAUUGGCUCCAAGAAAACUGAUGUCCUCACCACUAUCCAGUCACAAGUUAGAAAGGUAUACAAGCUGUGCCUGUAGAAUAACAAGGCAGAUGCAUGAUAAAUUGCCCUUAGAGUUGCAAGAUAAUGAUUCCGUCUACAAAAGAAGAGAACUAAUUUUACCAAAGCAAAAGAAGAGUGGCAUUGUUAUGAGAUAUCCUGUUCAUAGAAAAGGAAGACAAGUUACAAUUUGUAGACGUACUAUUGUGAAGAAAAGAAGUCCCAAGAGGAUAAAAAAAAAAUAUCCAAGGAAGACUCAAGAGUCUGGUGUUAAAUCUAAACCCACUUUGCAGAAGGGAUUGGAGGCCUCAAUAUCACAACAUAACAAAGCCAGUCUUUUGGGCAGUCUAUGUGAAGGGAUUCCAUCUGUCUCAGCCUCUUGUCAAGAUCAUGGGUCUCAAGAUACUUUAGAUAGUCCUCGUAAACAGAAGGGUAAGAAGGGUAGAUGCCAUGACUCAGUUUGCUUAGUUUGUCAGUAUGGAGGCGAACUACUUCAUUGUGAUCACUGCCUGUCUUCAUAUCAUUUGACCUGCAUCGACCUUAAGGAAGUUCCUGUUGGAGAAUCAUUCUGCCCAUCUUGUCAUUGUGGAUUAUGUGGUUUGGAACAUUCUGCCAAUGAUGAUCAACUAUAUACUCAAGUGUGUUAUCAGUGUAGUCGCCGAUAUCAUGUGGCUUGCCUAAACAAAGCACAAACAUCAUCCUCUGAAGACUCUUUCUUGGACAAAUUUUGCAGCAGAAGCUGUUUUGAGAUAUGUGUUCGCCUUCAUGAACUCUUGCAAAUUUCAAACCCAACAGCGGUGGAAGGCUUAACUUGGACGAUUACAAGAUCUAGAAGAAAUGAUUGUAAUGUACACAAUGAACGAGUUCAUCCUCUCAUUCAGGUGUCUCAAGUUCUAAAUGUGUUCCAUGAAUGCUUCGAACCUAUUACUGAACCCCACACUGGGAGAGAUCUAGUUGCUGAUAUAGUUUACAAUUCUGGGUCAAAAUUCAGGCGACUGGAUUUCCAUGGAUUCUAUGUAAUAGCUUUGGUUGAUGGCGAGGAACUUGUUUGUGCUGCUACUAUCAGAAUCCAUGGCAAGAAAGUGGCAGAGAUGCCACUGAUAGCUACACGUUUUAAGUAUCGUCGAAAGGGUAUGUGCCGGCUUCUUGUGGAUGAGCUAGAGAAGAUGCUUGUUGAAAUGGGGGUUGAAAUACUGGUCCUCCCAGCUAUUGCUCAGCUCAGUAAUACUUGGGUUUCGUCAUUUGGUUUUGCGGAGAUACCAGCACCUUCAAGGAGAGAAUUGCUGGGGUAUCCAUUUGUUGUUUUCCAGGGGACCACGAUGUUUCAGAAAAUUCUCAGAAGAUCAGUUUCAGCAGAUGUUUUACCAGAAACAGGAAAGGCGAAAAGGACUCGAGCCAGAUUUGCACAGGAUUCCCUCCCAGAGCAUGAGAUCAACAGGAAGUUCAUUCUACAGUACAAGCGAAGAGGGAAACCAGAAGCUCCCGGUAGGAGGAAGACAGUGUUGGAUAAAUCAGACAGGAAUCAGUCCACCACAUACAAGUGUGUAUACAAGCGGCGAAGGAUUCAAGCGAGCAGAGAUGCUAUUAUUAGCCAAUAGUUGGAGCUUAUAACUCCAGCAAUUGUAUAUUAGUAAGGGAAUUAGUCCCCAGUGAAUGCUGCCUUUGUCCUUCAACUUUUUAGAAGAUGGCAACGGGAAAUAGAAAAUGCGUCAGGCAACAAAGCGUCAGGCAACUGCUUUUUUUCGCGCGAAAAUACUCAGAGAAAUAAAAUAACCCAUAGAUUAAUCCCACGAAAACAGAUUGUGGGAGAGGAUUAACUUAGUGAAGGUAAUAAUCGCUAUUGUAACUCAACUUGGAAUAAGAAUUCAUGUAAAGGGUAAUAAAGAGAGCAAUUAAUUGGGUGACUCAGAAGAAUAUAAUCAGCUAUUAUAGCAAGACUGGGUUGUUGUUGACUUGA